AUGGGGUUUCACAAAUCAAAAGACAUGGCUACUCCUCUCCCCCUUCCUCUUCCCCCUCCUCCUCCUCACCCGCUUAAACCGUCUUCCGGUUCUGCCGGUAAACCGGUUUCUAAUCAGAAACCCGGUUUCGCUCGCUACUUCCCACGCGCUUCCUCUCAAGUACACAAUGCUUCUUCUCGUUCCGACCAAGUCUCGGAGCUCCGUCGUCAAGUGGAGGAGCUUCGUCAUAGAGAGGCUCUGCUAAAGGCGGAGGUCCUCGAGCUCAAGCUACUCCGAGAAUCCGUUUUCGCGGAGAAGAACGGAGAAAUCGAGCGUUCGAGGAAAGAGACGGCGAGGUUAACGGAGGAGAACGAGAGGUUACGGCGUGAAGUCGAAAGGAGCGAGGAGCUGCGGAGAGAAAGCGAGAGGAGAGAGAAGGAGAUGGAAGCGGAGGUUCGGAAACUUGUUUCUUCGAGUGAAGACCACGCGCUCUCUGUCUCUCAACGGUUUCAGGGUUUAAUGGAUGUGUCGGCGAAAUCGAGCCUAAUCCGGAGUCUAAAACGGGUCGAAUCCAUGAGGAACAUACCCGACCCGGUUCCAAACCAAGAUAACAAUAACUUGACCGUUUCUUCCGGUGACAUUUACCGGAAAGAGGAGAUCGAGUGUCAUUCCGUAACUAACUCGGACGAACUCUCAACCGUCAGAUCUAGGGUUCCUAGAGUCCCAAAACCACCGCCUAAACGGUCUUCUUCAUCCAACGGCUCACAAGAUUCCUCAGAGAAUAUACCAGAUCCGCCACCGCAGAGAACGAGUCCACCUCCUCCUCCGCCUCCUCCACCGCCCCCACCACCUCCUUCAUCCGUUUCUAAAGCCCAACCUCCGCCUCCACCACCGCCCCCGCCGAAGAGUUUAAACAUAGCGGCGGCAAAAGUAAGAAAAGUACCGGAAGUUGUCGAGUUCUACCACUCGUUGAUGCGAAGAGACUCUACAAACUCGAGAAGAGAUUCCACCGGCGCCGCCGCAGAGGCAGUACUCGCCAGCUCCAAUGCCAGAGACAUGAUCGGAGAAAUCGAAAACCGAUCGGUUUAUCUACUAGCGAUUAAAACCGAUGUAGAAACACAAGGAGACUUCAUAAGAUUCCUAAUCAAGGAAGUCGAAAACGCAGCGUUUUCGGAUAUAGAAGACGUGGUGCCUUUCGUCAAAUGGCUCGACGACGAACUCUCUUACCUGGUCGACGAGAGAGCGGUGUUGAAACACUUUGAGUGGCCGGAGCAGAAAGCAGACGCGUUGCGUGAAGCAGCGUUUUGUUAUUUCGAUCUGAAGAAACUCAUUUCGGAAGCUUCUCGUUUCCGGGAAGAACCUCGUCAACCUUCUUGUUCUGCUCUUAAGAAAAUGCAAGCUUUGUUCGAAAAGUUAGAGCAUGGUGUUUAUAGUCUAUCGAGGAUGAAGGAAUCAGCUGCGACGAAGUUCAAGACUUUCCAGAUUCCGGUUGAUUGGAUGCUCGAAACCGGCAUUACUAGUCAGAUUAAAUUGGCAUCUGUGAAACUAGCAAUGAAGUAUAUGAAGAGAGUGUCGGCAGAUUUAGAAGCCAUUGGAGGUGGUGGCCCUGAAGAGGAAGAGCUAAUCGUUCAAGGUGUUAGAUUCGCGUUCCGUGUUCAUCAGUUCGCAGGAGGAUUUGAUGCAGAGACAAUGAGGGCAUUUCAAGAGCUAAGAGAUAAAGCGAGAUCAUGUCAUGUUCAAUGUCAAAGCCAAACACAUCAACAUAAGCUUGUUUUUCGAUCUACCCCUUGUUGA